CCUUUAGUCCCUUUUGCUUUCCGCUUCCAAUAUUCACUAAAUGCUUAUUGUCUUCUCUCUUCUUUUCUCUCUCAUUAUGUAUUUGCAGUUUUACUUACUUUCUGUCUCCUGCUUCUAGGGUUUCUCUCUCAAAAUCAAACCACAAAAUUUUUUAAAUUCAUUUUUACUUCUAUUAAAGCUCCUAUAUGGUCACCAUGCUUUUGAUGUUACAAGAAUCAAGGUACAUAGCUUGAAAGACUUUGCACUACCAAAAGGAAAUUUUAAGGUGGAAUGUCGGAUAUCAUUUUAAGGCUUUUACCAUGAAUCAUAGAGUAAAGACUUAGACAGAACAGUACCAGCGCGGGACUUUAUUCGCACACCAAAAAAACUCCUAACAAUAAUAUUAAGAUGCUAUUGUUUGCAUAAAGUUAAUUACACUAAUUACCUUGGUUAAUUAUCAGGAAAUUAUGGCUUCUUCCAGCAGCUACUCCAACCCUCCAUGUGCUGCUUGCAAAUUCUUGAGAAGAAAAUGUUUGCCAGGUAAUUGCAUCUUUGCUCCCUAUUUUCCUCCAGAAGAGCCAACAAAAUUCGCCAAUGUACACAAAAUAUUUGGUGCGAGCAACGUAAGUAAACUCCUAAAUGAAAUCCAACCUCAUCAGAGAGAAGAUGCAGUAAAUUCUCUUGCUUAUGAAGCCGAAGCACGUAUAAAAGAUCCAGUUUAUGGUUGUGUUGGAGCAAUUUCAGUUUUACAAAGACAAGUUAUUCGCCUUCAGAAAGAACUUGAUGCUACGAAUGCUGAUUUAAUGCGAUAUAUUAAUCCGUCUGGAGGAAGCAUGAAUAAUCAAAUGGUAAAUCAACAAAGGAGUAAUUUGAAUUAUGGGAGAAGAAUGGGUCCUGUUGGAGGAACAACUACUGGAUUUGAUCAAAAUUAUGGGUUUUGUGUUCCAAGUUAUAAUUCUCAUAAUACAUGGAACAAUAAUACCAUUUCAGGUAAUCACAACCCUGAGCCAGAUGAUGACAGUAGCAUGUGAUCAAAUGUCAUCCAAUAUAAUGAUUAGUACGUACUUAUUUUGUGUUAUUUCUGAAGCUAUUAAUUACUUGUUAAUCAAUAUUGCUAAUUGCUCCCUUUUGAAUGGACAAUUAAGUGUAUAUGUAUUGUACAAACUAAAAACACACACUCUCUCUAUAUAUAUAAAUAUAUAUAUGGUGGCAAUUUGGAUGUUGUUCAAAGUAUUAAUGGCAAUGUAUUCUUUGGACA